AAACAAAUAUUAAGGUCACACGCAGGAUUACUAUUUUCUGUUUUGUUGAAUGUCCAUACAAAGUUUGAGUGCUUCAAUAUAAAAAAUACAAUGGCAGACGAACGGAAUUUCCGUUCAACUUAUUACGAAAAAGUGGGCUGUAGGAGCGUGGAAGAGCGGAAAUCUCUAGAGAUCCUACUGAAGGACAAACCACUGAAUGUACUUAAGUUGAAGCAGUUCUGCAUUCGGUUCACCGUGCCCAAUAUACAUCGCAAUGUAUUGUGGAACUUCCUGCUAGGUGUCACUCCGGCCUAUACCGAUUCGUGCAAAUACGUCAUGACCCAACGGGAGGCAGUGUACGAGGAUCUGCUACGGGCUUUGCACGUGAUGCGAAUAGUCGACGAUAAAACUCCAAAGCAGAGGAUUUUGCACGCGAUGUGGCUAUUGGAAACGAAACAGCUAUGUCUGGGAUAUGACCUGAAUCAAGAGAGCUACUUCAGCAACAUAACCGAGGUGUUGCUGCAGAUCUUCGAAAACGAUAUUGAGAUCUACUGGAUGGCCAAAGGAUUCCACGAAUACAGUCAGGAGAUCCUGGAGGAGAUGGGAAAACUGUCGGAUUUGACUGGUACGAUUUUGGAAAAAGAGGACCACGGUUUGUACAUUCACCUGAAAUCGUGCGACAUAUUGCCCGCGCUUCCGCUGGACAAGUGGUACGGGUCGUUUUUCGCGGGUGUCCUGUCAGAGUUGGCCAUCAUCCGAAUAUGGGACAAAAUCUGCGGAGGAUCAAUCAAAAUAGUGAUAUUUGUGUUGAUCGAAAUACUACGUACUCUGCGAGGAAAAGUGCUUCGCUGUAUGAAUUUGAAGGCUUUGCUAGAAUGUUUCGAAACGAUUAAAGAUGAGCAAGAAACAGCCGACCUGAUUGUUAAUAAGGCAAUCGAGCUGUGGCAGCAGAAUAAAGGCCACAACGAAUUCAUUCUCCAAUCCAAAGUGAAGACUCUUAUAUGAGGUCAUCCAGUUCAUAGUACUGAUGUAAUUUAGUAGGACGUAUAUUGCUGUACUCGUAAGUAUGUUAUAAAGCUUAAAAUAUUAUAAGUUACAAAUAGUAAGGAAUUAUACGAUUUUGUUCAAA